AUGGCCACCAAUUCUCUCCAAUCACUAAACUAUCGCCACCACAAUCCGCCACCGCCGCCACCUGGCCGGCGGCAGUCUUUCGACUGUACGCCGCCAGUAUCGUUUAGCGUUAAAUUAAACAAUAAUAAUAAUCCGACCCUCUCCAUUUCCUCCGCGGUAAAAACCUUCUCUCUCCCUUCCACAACCUCCUCCUCCGCUACUUCCUCCACCUCCGACCAAUCAACCACCGUCGACCAACUUCAGCGCCUCCUCUCCGCCAAAGACUUCCGAGAAGCCGACAAUGAGACCCGCCGUCUCCUUAUAGCCCUCGCGGGCGAAGCCGCGCAGAAACGCGGCUACGUGUUCUUCUCGGAAGUCCAAUUCAUACCCGAGUCGGACCUCCAAACGAUAGACGAACUGUGGAGGAAUCACAGCAACAACAAAUUCGGGUACAGCGUCCAGAAACGAUUGUGGGAGAAAUCAAACAGAGAUUUCACAACUUUCUUCAUAAAAGUUGGAUGGAUGAAGAAGCUUGACACAGAAGUAUUACAGUACAACUACAGAGCUUUCCCAGAUGAAUUCGUGUGGGAGCUGACAGACGAAACGCCAGAAGGUCAUCUGCCAUUGACGAAUGCACUGAGAGGUACCCAGUUGCUGAAAAGCGUUCUAAGCCACCCUGCAUUUGCAGACAAAGAAGACGCCAUUGAAGAAGAAGAAGAAAAACAAGAAGAGUCACAGCAGCAACCACUUGGCAAAGGAAUGUUUAAACCUGAUUACAGUUUUUAAGUGAAACAAUUCAAGAUGGUUUAUGAUAUGCAUUACAUGUUUGUACCGUACAAGUAUUACAAGAGUCAUUGUUUGUCCAAUUGAAGUAGGGUUUGCUUAUGGUUAUGGACAUUGACAUACAUUUAUAUAUCAAAACCUCUACAUUUGUGUUUCU